AUGCGCCCAAAACCUUCACCAACUGUACCUGCAAUUGCAACAACUGGUUUUGAACAUUGUGGUGCUGGUGUUAAUUUCACCGAAUUCAAAGUUGAAUAUUUUAAAAAAACUAUCACAGUUAGAGUAAAUGGAACUAAUCCAUUAAAUAUCCAAAAUUGGGAAGUGAAUCUUUUUGUCUAUUUUGAUCCUAGACAUCAAGUUAAAUUAAAUUUUACAAAUUGUGCACAAGGUGAAAUCCCAAAUCCUUUAAAUACUAAUGGAUUUGGAUGUUUUAUUAAUGUAACCAAUAAACCUGAUUUUGGCUUUGUUGGUUGGCAGACUAAUUUAUUUGAUGAUGAUGGAAUACCUGAUAUUGCAUUUGAAAUUCCUGGUAUGGGAUCGUAUGCCGUUUUAACAUUACUUCCACCACCAGAAGAUAUUAACAAUGUAAAUUAUGUUGAUAUUGGUUGUUUAUCUGUACCAAUUGGAAAUCCUAAUACUGCUUAUUCUCACGAAGUAGUAUUCGCAUCAACAACCAUAGUUGGACUAGGAAUAUUAUUUGCUUGUGGAAAUUAUUUGGUAUCUAGUAGUUUCCAUUUGGAUGGAAACUCUCAUAAUCAAACACAAUAUGACCAUCAAGGUCAUCAUAAUCAUAAUCAAACACAAUAUGACCAUCAAGAUCAUCUUAAUCAUAAUCAACUACAAUAUGACCAUCAAGGUCAUCUUAAUCAUAAUCAAAUACAAUAUGACCAUCAAGGUCAUUUUAAUCAUAAUCAACUACAAUAUGACCAUCAAGGUCAUCUUAAUCAUAAUCAAACACAACAUGACCAUCAAGGUCAUCUUAAUCAUAAUCAACUACAAUAUGACCAUCAAGGUCAUCAUAAUCAUAAUCAAACACAAUAUGACCAUCAAGGUCAUCAUAAUCAUAAUCAAACACAAUAUAACCAUCAAGAUCAUCAUAAUCAUAAUCAAACACAAUAUGACCAUCAAGAUCAUUAUAAUCAUAAUCAUAAUCAUGAUCAUAAUUGUGAACAUUGGCCUGAUCGCCAUCAUGAUAAUGUUGGGUUUGUAAAAGUAGAUUUUUUAUCAAAUGCAGCCAACAAAUUGCGUGAAACAACUAUAUGUGCAUAUAUGAAUAUUUGUGAUGUUGCGGCAUCAACAGGUUACAUAGGAUUUGAUGAUUCAAACACUUGUAUUAAAAACAGAGUAACAAACACCAACUCAGAUACACCAGCUCCCCAGUAUUUAUUUUUUGCUAACACAACUAAUGAUGAAAAAGUAACUUUUAAUAAUCCAAAUGGAUUUUCUACUUAUGCAAGUAUUUUUAAAGUUCCUGACAUGAAUCUAUUUUUUGUUGUAUUUAUCAGUUUCUUGAUUGCAUUGGCAACAGCAUUGGUUUCAAUAUUGUUGAUUGUAUUAAUAUCAUUUGCAUUAAAAAAAUAUUGGAAAAAAUGGCCAAAAGUUGAAUAUUUUGCACAAAAAUCUUAUUUGUUUGUAUAUGGUGGCUUAUUCAGAGUGAAUUCUAAAUUUUAUCAAAAUAUUGAAAGUUUUUAUCAAGAAAGUGUUGCAAAAUAUGGACCAAAUGAAGCAACUAAAUAUCAUCCACAUAUAUCAAUGACUGGAUUUUUUACAUUAAAAAGCUUCAUCCCUUCUUCGAUUGAAAUUCAAGAAAUUAUCAGACCAAAUAAUUUCUCAAAAUCUUUAAUAAUCUCUUUAAAUGCAAACAAAAUUUUACAUAACCUUAUAAAUGAAUUAAGUAAUAAAGAUAAUUUAUUGGUGUCAAAAAUUGAAAAUCUUGCCAAAAAGUUGAUUGAUUUUCAUGAUAUUGUUAAAGAAAAAGAACAUUGGAAUAUUAUUCUUUAUAAAAGAGUUUUACAUGCUAAAAAUUUGGAUGAAAAACAUUUAUUUAGGGAAAUUAAAAAAUGGGAAAUCUAA